AUGUCGCCCCACUCCAUCUCUUCACCCCCGGUUCCUUCGGCCGCCAACAUGACCUCGUCGUCGACCCCACUCGGUAAUGUCAAUGCUGCCAGACGCCCUGCCCCAACCGUCAGCACUCUCGGUCGUGGAGGUGCUGUCAACCCCGACAUCAUUGCCAGAAUGAAGGCCUUCCACAUGAACAGACAGGGUCGUGCACCUCCCACCACUCCUGGCGCUACCACUCCCGGCCCCGGCGGUCCAUCUCCGACCGGUCCUCAGAUGCCUGGUGGCCUUCCCGCUAACUUCCGUAUGCCACCCGGCAUGACUUUGUCAGGCAUGAACGGCGGUGCCGGCGGUGACUCUGCCCCACCCAAGCAAGAAUCCGCAAUGGACAGAUACGCCGAAUACAUUGACAAGGAAACAGGCAGUCUCAAGUUCAAGGGCAAGGCUGUUCUCAACAGCAAAGGAGUCCAAUUCUCGUCAGGCCAGUCAUUCCAGAUUUCGCUGGACGAAGUCGACACACUUGAUGAGCUAGGCAAAGGAAACUACGGUACAGUCUACAAAGUCCGUCAUUCAAGACCGCAAAUGCGCAAGGUCGGUCAAGGUUUGGCUGGAAACAAGGCUGGACCUGGCGAGACAAGAGAUGAGACGGCCGCUCCUCGCGGAAAUACAACAGGCAUUGUCAUGGCCAUGAAGGAGAUGCGUCUCGAGCUUGAAGAUUCAAAGUUUGCGACCAUCAUCAUGGAACUUGACGUCUUGCAUCGAGCCGUCUACAUCUGUAUGGAGUUCAUGGACGGUGGUUCCAUGGAUAAGCUGUACGGUGACGGUGUGCCUGAGAACGUUCUCCGCAAGGUCACUCUCGCAACAACACGCGGUCUCAAGUCCCUCAAGGAUGAACAUAACAUCAUUCAUCGCGAUGUCAAGCCAACGAAUAUUCUUGUCAACACGGCUGGUGCCAUCAAGAUUUGCGAUUUCGGUGUCAGUGGAAACCUGGUCGCCUCGAUCGCAAAGACAAAUAUCGGAUGUCAAUCUUAUAUGGCUCCUGAACGUAUCAGCUCUGGUGGAGUUGCUCAAGCUGGUGCCAACCCUGGUGGUGGUACCUACAGCGUCCAGAGUGAUAUCUGGAGUUUGGGUUUGACCAUUAUUGAGUGCGCCAUGGGCAGAUACCCAUACCCACCCGAAACAUAUGACAACAUCUUCAGUCAAUUGAGUGCAAAGCCACCAGAUCUUCCUACCGGCGAAUUCAGCGAUGCAGCACGCAACUUUGUUGCAGGCUGCUUGAACAAGAUCCCCAAGCUUCGACCCACAUACGCCAUGCUACUUCAACACGCAUGGCUCGCUCCAUUGAUAAAACCCGACGUCAUUGCCGAAGAAGACGAAGAAGAGGCCGAGGCCGAAGCCGAGGAUGCCUCUGCAACGCAAGGAGAAGGUCUUGGUGCGUCGGAGAGCGAGAUUGACGCAGCAUCCAAAGCACAACAAUCCGGAGACACUGAGAAGUGGGUCGACCGUGAGGUUGGUGAAUGGGUGCGCGGGCAGAUCGAGAAGAAGAGAAACGGCACAUUGGGCAGAAAGGCGAAGCCUGCACUUCAUGCGGCGCCGCUCGAUGCUACAUCGAGUACCAACUCCAACAAGGGUGCGGUAGCAGUAUAG